GCAAGGAGGGGACUCAGUCAGAGGAGAUAGCGAGGCGGACAGGCGGGACCGGUCGGCACGCAGCUCCUGUCCCCGGCGGAACGCGCGGACUCGUUCUGCCCGCCCGCGUGCCUGCCCCGUCUAACAGCCCGAUGACCUACCGACCUACCUGCUUACCCAAACUACCCACCUACCUUACCCCCUGUACGAGUCCCUCUCUGCCCAUUUACUGAUCUGCUCCCCUGUUUGCCCUUUGUACUUAACUGCUCAACCUCCCCGACUCUCCUCUCUGCGCGUCUCGUCCGCCUGUCCCCCAUACCUCACCGCCCUUCCCUGCGUUGCCGGUCUUCCCCCUCCUCCUGCCUUGCCUGGCACGGCGGGGAGAGAGACGUGUCACGCUCCGGACCCAGGCAUGGGAGCUCGGUGACUGGGGCAGCCAGCCACUGCCGCUGUCAUCCGGCAGCGGGGCCGAGGUGGAAGGGCAGCACACGGCGGGAGAGAGAGAGGGAGAGAAGUGCGGGCAGCCACGCGUGUGGAUUGCGGUACGGGGCUAAUUGGCAGCGGCGAGGAAGUAUGGCCGAUGUGGUGGAUACCGCUGUGGAUGGAGAGAGUCACCCACCGAGCAGCAAGGCGGGCGGCUGCGUGGCCGAGCGCGCCUUCAGCCUUGCCUACCUGGGCAGCACUGCCCUCGACCAGCGAGCCACGCUCUCCAUGCUGCCCUGGAUAGUGGCGGAGCUGUUGAGACGCUCGGAGAAGGAGCAGAUCGAGCGAGAGGUGGUGCUGUACGUGUGCCCGCCGCUGGUGCGGUGCGUGCCGGCCGGCAGCCAGAGCAACAGCUCCAUCUUCAUCUUCGAGCAGCGUGCGGCGCACAUCUCCCGCUUCGUGCACUGCAGCCGGCAGCCGGGCAGCUUCGCGUACCUGGUGCGCACGCAGCCCGACAACCCCGACUCGCACACCUCCUGCCACGUGUUCCGCGCGCCCGCCGGCCAGCCCGUCCAAGAAGUGAUCAGCUGCAUCCGUCAAGUGGGCAAGGCGGCCAUCAAAGAAGAUGGCCGUGGCAAGCCGGGGCAGCCAGCAGGGGUAGCGGCAGCGCCGGUGGGCAGCUCCGAGGCUCCACCGGCGGCACCGGCGACGGCGGUGGUGCCAUCAUCCGGCGUGGGCGGUGUGGGGGGAGCCCAGGACGCCUUCUGCAACGCGCACAAGUUCGAGGUGCUGUACCGCGGCAGGGUGAGCGUCGCACACAAGAAGGCCCCGCCCACACUCGUGGACGACUGCAUCGCCAAGUUCAGCCUCCUUGAGUCGACGCGCUCACGCCUGCGCUGCCUCGAUGACGGCGAGAGCAACGGCAGCCCGGCGCCGGCUUCGGACGGCCCCAGUUUCAUUGCCGGCGGCGGCGAUUCGCGGCGCUCGUCGCAGGGCGCCGACUGCGCCGACGGCCCCGGGUCGCAGGAUCUCAUCGGUGACGUCGGAGAGCCGGCGCCGCCCGUGCCGCCGGCCGCUCCGACGGUCUCCGCCGCCGCCGCCGCCGCCGCCGCCGCCGCCGCCACUGCGCCGUCAUCGGCGUUGCUGGCCGAGUCUCGCUCGUCCCUCAGCUCGUCCUCCUCCUCCCCGCCCGCUGCCUCCGCCGGCGCCGACGGUCGGUGCGCCAAGACGUCCGAGGAGGAGGAGGAGGAGGACGACGACCUCGUCCCGGAUGAAGGCAUCGUCAUCUCGGCCAGGCGGUUGGCGUGCAACGACAGCGCCGGUGGUAAUGGAGGCAAGGCGGCAAGCGGCUUGUCGGCCGUGGCCACCUGCGACUCGCUGGCGUUCGACUCGGACCCCCUCGGCGUCGGAGUGUUCGCCGCCGUGGCGGCGACGAGCGGGCGGAGCGGCAGCUUCUCCUGCGUCGGCGGUAACGGCGGCGGUAACACCGACGGCGGCGGCGGCGGCGGCAGCGGCGGCGAUCUGGAAGGCGUGCCAGAUUUCCGAGGGCGGUGCUACAGCGCGGCGGGCAGCCUGCAGCGGAAACCGGCACAGGCGAGCGGCGGCGCCGGCGUUGGCGCUGCGGCAUGCCGCACCGGCGGGCAGAGGAGGCGGCACGCGAGCGCGCCGAGCCUGGUGCAACCGUCGGACGCGGAAAAGAACCGCACCAUGCUCUUCCAGGUCGGGCGCUUUGAGAUCAACCUCAUCAGCCCGGACACCAAAACCGUAACGAUUGAGAAGAACUUCAAGGACAUCUCUUCCUGCUCCCAGGGCAUCAAACAUGUGGAUCACUUUGGCUUCAUCUGUCGCGAGAGUGCUGAGCCUGGCGUCACGCACUACGUGUGCUAUGUCUUCCAGUGCGCCAGCGAGGCCCUGGUGGACGAGAUCAUGCUGACGCUGAAGCAGGCCUUCCACACGGCGGCGAGCCUGCAGAACGCCAAGACGCCCGUGCAGCUCUGCGAGGCCUGCCCCAUGCACUACCUGCACAAGCUGUGUGAGAGGAUCGAGGGGCUGUACCCGCCCAAGGCGAAGCUGGUCAUCCAGAAGCACGUGGCGCUGCUGUCGGACAACGAGCAGGCCGACAUCUUUGAGCGAGUGCAGCGCCAGCGUCCCACGGGCGACCAGGACGAGAACGAGGUGGUGAUGUGCGUCCUGCGCCAGGUGUGCGAGGGCAAGCAGAAGACGCACACGCACCUGGGCGACAUGCCCCAGCAGCCGACGCACGGGACAGGAGAUCUGCGCUCCUCUCCCAGCCAGUCCAAGCUGGACAUCCUCAAGAACAAGGCCAAGAAGUCAUUCACCAACUCCCUGGAGAACAUCUUCUCGAGGGGAGGGGGGAGAAUGCGCAGCCGCCUGGGCAGCGUUGACAACUACGACUCCCUGCGCGAGCGCAGCCUCAACGCGUGCGAGUCGACGAGGGACGGAUCGCCUGGCGCGUCGCCUCCCCUCUCGCCGACGCUCAGCCCCCAUUCGCCUCCCACGCCGGAAUCUCCGCUGCAGAUGCGGCGCCGCGCUCACACCUUCAGCCACUCGCUGCCGCAGGGCAGCGGGGCGCAGCGGCACAUCACCUUCGCCGACGAGCGGGCCGAGUCGACGGGCCAGGCCGGGGCGACGCCAACGCCGCCGCCGCCUUCCUCCUCCGUGUCCGCCUCCGCCUCGUCCUCCUCCUUCUCUGCCGCCUCCUUUUCCGCCUCCUCGUCGCUGUCUUCCUCCACGGCCGCCGCGGCCGCCGCGGCCGCCGCCGUGGGAAAGAGCAAGCUGCAGCGCUUCUACUCGUUCCACAGCGAGACGCACCAUCGCAAAGGUGACCUCGACUGGGGCGGCUCCGGUUCCGGCGCCUCCCUGCGGGGGGUCUGGGCUGAAUUGGGGGGCCACAACCCCCCCGGGCGGCCGAGCUGUCCCCCCGCGCGGCAGCGCCGCAUCUCGUGGCGCCAGCACAUCUUCCUGCGCGUCGUCGCUCCGGGGAAAAGCUGCGCCGCCUCCCGCGCCGCCGCAGCCGCUAGAGACGGCAGCGAGCUUCUCCCUCUCUCGCCGCUGACUCCGCCCCUCGAGGAGAGCCCAAUCGGCUCGCUGUUCGACUCCGACUUCCAGCCAAUGGGGGACGAGUCGCCCGUGAUGCGCCCAACCGGGCCGCGGGCGCCGCCGGCGGACGAGCCAAUCGUGAUCGAGACGGGUGGCGGCGGCGGGGAGCGCCACGCGCUCUCCCGGGUGGAGCUGCGCCAGCUUUGGAGGAAGGCGAUUGACCAGCAGCUGCUGCUCAUCCGCGUGGAGCGGCAGAAUCGCUUCCGCGAAGCGCGCAGGCAGCUGGAGCAGGAGAAGGCGCAGGCACGUCUGGACUACGCGGAGGUGACGCCGUGCCUUCGCGACGUCACCGUCGUGUGGGAGCGCCUGCUGGGCACGCCCAACCGCGCUCGCGUGCGCUGCGACAUGGAGAAGGUGCACGCCGCCAUCAGCCAGGGCGUGCCACGGCAGCGCCGGGGAGAGAUCUGGCAGUUCCUGGCGGAGCAGUACCGUCUGCGGCACCGCCUGCCGCCGAAGCAGGCGCCCCCGGACACGCCGUACCCCGAGCUGCUGAAGAGGCUCACCUCGCAGCAGCAUGCCAUCCUCAUCGACCUGGGCCGCACGUUCCCCACCCACCCGUACUUCUCAGCGCAGCUGGGCUCGGGCCAGCUGGCACUCUACAACCUGCUCAAGGCCUACUCGCUGCUGGACUCCGAGGUGGGCUACUGCCAGGGCCUGAGCUUCGUGGCCGGCGUCCUGCUGCUGCACCUGCCGGAGUGCGACGCCUUCCACGCACUCAUCUACCUGCUCUACCACUUGGGGCUUCGGCGCCAGUACUGCCCCGACAUGCUGUCCCUGCAGAUUCAGAUGUACCAGCUGUCUCGUCUGCUGCACGACUACCACCCCGAUCUGUACGCGCACCUGGAGGAGUCGGAGAUCGGGCCCAGCCUCUACGCGGCGCCCUGGUUCCUCACGCUCUUCGCAUCCCAGUUCCCGCUCGGAUUCGUGGCGCGAGUCUUCGACAUGCUGUUCCUGCAGGGCACGGAGGUGAUCUUCAAGGUGGCGCUGUCCCUGCUGGGCUCUCAUCAGGCACUCAUCAUGCAGUGCGACAGCUUCGAGGGCAUCAUGGACUUCCUCAAGACCACCCUGCCCAACCUGGGCCUUGUGCAAAUGGAGAAGACAAUCAACCAGGUGUGCGAGAUGGACCUGUCGCGCCAGCUUCACGCCUACGAAGUCGAAUACCACGUGCUGCAGGAUGAGAUGGCGCUGCAGGAGCCAGGCGGGCCAUCGUCCUCCACCGGCGCCGCCACCUCCGCCGACGCGGAGAGGCUGGAGAAAACCUGCCUCUCCCUCAAGCGGCACAACCAGGAUCUGGUGGAAGAGCUGCAGAGCGCGCGGGAGCGCAUCCACUGCCUGGAGACGGCCAUGGAGCGUCUGCGUGUGAGCGAGUCGCGGCUCAGGCAAUCGGUGAACAACCGCGAGUCCGAGCGAUCCGCUCUCCAAGCUGCCGCCCUCUCCUCCUCCUCCUCCGCCACCUCCUCACCCACCUCGUCCACCGCCGCCUCCGCCUCGUCCUCCAACACCUCCACCUCGUCGCGUCACGUCAAGCUGCCGGGCGGACGCCCCAACGCAACGGACUUGGGCUCCUGAACCUUGAACCACACCACACCGUUGCUUGACCCCUGUCUCGACCCCUGCUUGACCUCUAAAGAAUUUUAACCCCCCCCCUCCAUAAACGGCGGCUGCACUAGGGGGGCUGUGUCAUCGCGGGGUUAGAAACAGGGACGGGGUUUGCGUUAAUGAAUUGAUUAUUGUUGUUUUGUUGGGUUGGUUUUGUUUUGUUGGUUUCGGUCUGGGCGAUGUUGCUGGGAGGUUCGGCGCCGGCUGUGGCGUUCGGCUCACGUGCGUCGCCGCAGCCGUUCGAGUCACAAACGCAGCCAAUCGCCACCGCCUGCACACGCGCCCACGCCCCUAAAACAAAAACAAAAACUAUUACGCCGGAUGACAACAACGCACGACAAUAUAAUUAAAAAAAAAUUUUAACUCUUUAAAAAAAUCAGUUGUCAUCGCCUGUACGGCAGCAGACUUUUUCUUACGGCAGAAGCAGGCGGUCGAGUGCUUGGCGGUGGUGUCCAGGCCCUGGGAGUCACGUGACCUCGGGAAAGACCUGGGCUGGCGAAGUGAGAAACUCCAUCGAUGGAUCCCCCCCCACCCCCACCCCCACCCCCCCUCGGCUUCGCAGUCCUAAGUCCGCGUGGCAAUUUCUAAGCAGGAGGAGGUGAAAGACGUGGGUUGUCGGUGGAUGAGGUGGCGGCACAGCAGAAAGUAAAAGAGGUCGGGCGAUAGAGAGAGAGCGCGAUGGUUUUUAGAAACACUCCCGACGGAUUCUGUUGCGUUAUCACCGCUGCGUGCCGUUUCUUUUUUAUCGCAAUUGCCGCCCGCCGUUGCGGCUCUCUCCUCCGGCGUUGGCCAGCCGGUGCCGCCCGCCGCAAAACCGUCCGGCACGGCGCGCCGGGCGCUUUCGCUCGGCGUCUGUGCCGAAACGUCGGACGUUGCCCGUUCGGUUUGGCCCUGAACCCUCGCGGGAGAGGGGUUUCCCCGGGGCGUCCCCCGGCUCGCGACAACGCGAGCCCAGAGCGGUCGCUCCGGCACUGCAGAAGGGUUGAGCUCGCACUUGCUUCGAUUAUGGGAAUCGCUCGGAAAGGCCGCUCGCGAAAAGUAGAAACUAAUCAAUUUAAAACCUAAACGGUCCCCGUGCCGUAGAUGCGGACAUCUGGGCCGUGACCAAAUUACAGAAUUUCCUGGACUGAAGCCGACUGAUUGUCAGUGUCGCCGUCCUCUGGACGUCCUCGGUAGUGUCGUUAACGGUAGCGAAUUCCCCGAUGGAAGAGCAGCGAGAGUCUUUUUUUGUUUUGCGUAACACGGCGGCUACGAGAGAAGAGCCGUUAAUUAUUUUCACUUCUCCUCCCCCACCCCCAUUCGCGUCAAAAUCAUCGUUUUGUCAAAUGUGGGGGGGGGGGGUGGCGGUGUCGAGCGUUAAGAGUCAAAGAAGUUCCGUCACCCUAUUGUGUUAACUCGCGGUUGUCAUCCCUGGGAUAGAAUUGUCCACCGCGGCGGCGGCCGCCGCCGAAAUCGGCGACUUGAAGAAGCAAUAAAAAACCCUUGGGGGGGGAGGCCAGGCCUCGGUUGCGUUAUCCCCGCUUUUAACCCCGAGCCGCCUUAACCACCUCCCUAUAUACCCUCACCGUAAACCCGCAUAACCGGGAGUCGGCGGUAUGGUACGGCGUCGUUUAUCCGACCGUCGCGUGUCCGCCCUGAUCAAUUAACCGCCCCGCUCCCAGUGCAGUAUUGGUGCACGGUGGCGUAACUAAUUCUCUCAAAUCCAACCUCUUCACAUAUCCGCCCAGCGAGUCAGAUACGCGACGUUGCACGGGGAAUCGUUUCCGAUGAAUUCACCGCUAAUUGGGAUAAUCCUCCGAGUCGCGACUCUGGCUCGAGAGAAACCUGGAGGUGUUCGUGUAUCCGUUCUUCCCGUAAUCCGCGAAUGUGCAUGUUUUCUCAACGGUUAAGCAGAGUCAAUUUGCGGAUAACAGCAUCGCGGAUAACAGGAUACACGAUAUUCGUGUGUCCCCCCCCCCCCCUUACACCCACAACAUGUGUAGUGGGUCUGGUUUAUACUUUCUACCGCUCAUCUUCUCCAUUGCUAUUGCAGUCAUUGUCACUGUGUCGCGACAGCGAACACAGGGAGGCCUCUGUGGAGGCCUUUCGGCGGCGGCGAUGGAAGCAGCAGCAGCAGCAGCAGCAGUCGCUUUGCGAAGCGCCGUACACUCUGCGCGACCUCGCGGAGAGCAGACGCACAUUGGGUAAAGGCGCAGCCCUGCAGCCCUGCUCGCUCUCUCUCGCUACUGCUGGCCAAAAGGAGCGUCCACUGCUAUUUGCGCCGUUCGGCCGACUAAGUUCGGCGCGCUGACCAGACGCCUUGGAAGGGGGUGGAACUUAAUCCACACUUUACCCCGUCGCACGAGACCUGCCAACGGACUUAACUGUCGCGUGAGCCAUUUGUACUGCCGGGUGGGCCAGAGGGUGACCACGUUGGUUCCGCGGCCGUGCUAACCAUCGCCCCCUCGUGCUCGUACGUUCGACUGGACCUGGUUUACGGCGGCUCCUGAUGUAGGCCCGUCGACUGAAACGACGCCGCUGUGGCCUGAAUUGUACUGCCCCGCGUGGGGUUCUCGAGGUGGUGCCGCGGCGCGGCUCCGCCCGGCUUGGUUUUUCUGGCGCUUCUGCGAGGAGCUGGAAUGCGCGAAAGCUCGCCAGGCACGCGGACCGAAACGUCGGACGUCCGUGGCGAAACAGCGCACUGCUCGACCCGAAAUAACGCAGCGGGGAGAGCCCGUCGCCUGAAUUGCUUUGAAGGCCGUUUUUAUUUUUGUGCCGAUUGUAAUGCACUGGCUACGUGUUAGCGUAGCGGAGCAGGGUCACCGUCUUCGUUACUGUCACCUUCACUGUCGCGCUUUCACCGACGUUUGCACCACGUGUCCUCUAAAAAUGAGAAUUCACCGCGCGCUUCUCAUUGGUCAUUCAAACGAACGAGUAAAAAGCGAACGGUCGUGCGUGGCUUUAUUUUAUUUUUAAAGUGUACCCCAAAACAAUUAAAAUACAGACGGUGAAUGUUCGGCGCGUGCACCGCGCCACCGCCCUUCCCCCUGCACGCUCUCCUGUCAGGGCUCGAGCAAGCUACCACGGAUGCGCCCACACGCGCCACACACACCACACGCGCCACACACACCACACGCACCACACACCACACACACCACACGCACCACACGCACCACACACGCACCACACACACCACACACGCGCCACACGCACCACAUGCGCCACACGCACCAUUCGUAUGCCUCGCCUGCCUUGCCUGCCUGCCUUCCCACACACAGCAGGCGCGACGCGAGUGUUCGUUAUUUUGCUGUCGCCAAGAAGUGGUGGUCAGGGGUGAUGUUUGAACCCGUGCGAUGCUGAUGUUACCCUUCGGUGUGGAGGGGUUGCCUUGUGGGAGAUGUGCGGAAUCACGUGAUGGAAUUCGAGGUUACCGCAAUCCUCCCGCUUCGUUUUUGGCCUUUUCCCAUGAACGUCCUGCCGGUCGCGCGCUCAGCGGGGGUCACGUUAUAAGACGGAACCCUCGCAAAGGUAGUACAAACUUUCGUAGGUUUGAGAACGGUCCACUGAAGCGGAUAUCACCAAACUACUUCUGAGAUCGCUUCGAGAAGUGACAUCGAGCCCACACAGUAGGGGACAGCACUGUGAUGUUGAAGAUUUAGAAGAGGGUUCCUCUAACUUCCAGCUGUCCGCUGCCGCCGGUUCGCCAGUCUUCCCUGGCCAAAGACGAACGAGAUCCAAAACGACCACAGUAUAAAUCCAGAGCAAAAACAACCAAAUAUAAUUAACAACAACAACAAGCAAGCAGACAUCGGGAGCAAAAAAAAUACACGAAAUAGAAAUCGGGGCAAAAACAACGGAGUUGCGAUCAAACAUCUAACAGCAACAACACAAACUGUGCACAAACAUGAUCAGCAAUAAAAACCAAACUCCAUUUCCAGUCAAACUAAA